AUGAGGGAGUUGGUAAACGAUGACGUGCGGAAUGGGGAUGUGAUGUUGGCGGUGUCGUCGGACAUCAUCAAUGCUUUUAACUCCCUUGCGUGGUCAGUUAUUCGCUUGCCUUUGAAGGCCAAGGGUGUCCCGGAGUAUUUGAAAUGUACUCUUGGGGACUACUUAUCUGAUAGAUACCUUGUCUAUGUCGAUCGGGAUGAUCUGUUGAUUAGAUCAACCAUGACGUACGGUGUUCCUAAGGGUUUGAUCUUAGAGCCGACCCUCUGGAAUGUCGACUACGAUCUGAUCUUGCGUCUGGAGCUACUGAUGGACUGCUCCACCGUAUGUUACGCUGACGACAUUUUGCUGGUGGCGAGGGGUCCCUCAUUUGAGAAGGCCUUUGUGCGUGCGGAGCUGACCAUAAUGGCAAGUGGCCAUAAUAAUUAG